AUAAAUCUAGGUUUGUAUGUAUAAAUUGUAGUCUGUAGAGAAAUAGAAAGCAAAAUUAAAUGAUCAAUAUUUCCCCGUCGUCCCAACGGAGCCUCGUUUGAUGAUCCGAAAGAGAACAAAUGACAGUGGCGCCAACCGCUUCCAAAGGUCUAGUUUAUGGCAGAAAUGUACCAGCUUUCGUGCUUUGAAGCAAGUCCAUGCUUUUCUGGUCGUCAAUGGCUUUAAUUCAAGCACAUCUGCCCUCAGAGAACUCAUUUUCGUCGGUGCCAUAGCUAUUUCUGGGACAAUGGACUAUGCCCAUCAAGUGUUCGCUCAAAUUACUGAACCGGACAUCUUCAUGUGGAACACCAUGAUCAGAGGCUCGGCUCAGAGCUUGAAGCCUGUAAAUGCUGUUUCUGUUUAUGCCCAGAUGGAAAAUCGUGGGGUUAGGCCGGAUAAGUUUACCUUCUCGUUUGUUCUCAAGGCCUGUACUAAGCUUUCUUGGGUGAAUUUGGGAUUUGGGAUUCAUGGGAAGGUUGUGAAGUUUGGGUUUCAAUCUAAUUCAUUUGUGAGGAAUACUCUUAUUUAUUUCCAUGCUAAUUGUGGCGAUUUGGCCACUGCAAGAGCACUUUUCGAUGCUUCUGCCAAAAGGGAUGUUGUGCCUUGGUCAGCUUUGACGGCAGGCUAUGCAAGAAGAGGGGAAUUGGAUGUUGCACGAAUGCUGUUUGAUGAAAUGCCCGUGAAAGACUUGGUCUCGUGGAAUGUGAUGAUUACAGCAUAUGCGAAACUCGGAGAGAUGGAGAAGGCAAGGAAACUGUUUGAUGAUGCUCCGCAGAAAGAUGUUGUGACUUGGAAUGCAAUGAUUGCAGGAUAUGUGCUUGCUGGAUUGAACAAGCAGGCUUUGGAGAUGUUUGAUGCAAUGAUAGAUCAGGGACAAAGACCGGAUGAUGUGACAAUGUUGAGUAUCUUGUCUGCUUCUGCUGAUUUGGGAGAUUUGGAAGUUGGAAAGAACAUACACCGUUCCAUUUUCAACAUGUGCUGCGGAGAUUUAGGUGUGCUUCUAGGUAAUGCACUUAUAGACAUGUAUGCCAAGUGUGGGAGUAUUGAGAAUGCUCUGGAAGUUUUUAAAGGGAUGAGAGACAAAGAUACCUCCUCAUGGAAUUCAAUAAUAGGAGGAUUGGCGUUUCAUGGACAUGCUGAGAAAUCGAUAAAUCUGUUUCAAGAAAUGCUGAGGUUGAAAAUGAGGCCAAAUGAAAUCACUUUUGUUGGCGUGUUGGUUGCUUGUAGUCAUGCUGGGAAAGUGCAAGAAGGGCGUAUGUAUUUUAAUCUUAUGAGAAACUUGUAUAAAAUUGAGCCCAACAUCAAGCAUUACGGAUGUAUGGUAGACAUCUUGGGGCGUGCCGGGCAAUUGAUUGAAGCAUUUGAUUUCAUAGAUACAAUGGAGAUCAAACCUAAUGCCAUCAUCUGGAGAACACUACUUGGGGCCUGUAGAGUUCAUGGAGAUGUUGAGUUGGGAAGGCGUGCAAAUGAGCAAUUACUCGAAAUGAGGAAGGAUGAGAGCGGGGAUUAUGUACUCCUAUCUAACAUAUAUGCUUCACAAGGUGAGUGGGGUGGUGUCGAGAAAGUGCGAAAGUUGAUGGACGAAGGUGGGGUGAAGAAAGAAGCCGGUUGUAGCCUGAUCGAUGCUGAUAACAGCUUUCUAAUGAAUUUUUUGUUUGAUUCAAAGCCAAAGUUUGUAGAAGGCGGCAGUUAAUCUUGUAUUACGUUAAUUUUAGUGCAACAACCACACUGCUGCCUCAAAGUUUUAAAGUGUCUUAGGAUCUUUUCCUCUUUGGAUAUGGCCAUAGAAACGAGCUCAUGGAUCCAGCUGCGGUCAAAGGCUUUGGUACGAACCAUGGCUAUAGGCUUUCUAAACUGUGUCUGAAUCUGGUCAUCAAGAUCGUAUGGAAAGGUCUUCAACUUCUGGUUGUGGAGCACUGGAGCAUGAAGCUAAAGCUUUCAUGUUUGAAGAUUUGUGUGCUCUUUGUGUUGCUAUGUUUACAUGGAAUCCCCAAAAUGGGGGUUAGAAUGGUUGUUCUUACCCUGAUGAAGUACCUUAUUUAGAAUUGCAGGUUCCAUUUACCUGUAAGAAGUGGUCCUGGCUUCUUUUGUUAAGCCUUAAUAAAUCACAGGAGCUGUUCUCAUCAGCUUCAUUUUCAUGUCUGCUAGAUUCUUUUGGACUUAUAGAUAAAAAUUCUGAAUGGAAAUAGGACUCUGAAAUA